ACACCGUGCGCUGGCUUACGCUCCUUUGGUAGUUUUCUCUUUUACCUCCUGCCCACUGUUGGAUGAAAUCUGCCAGACUCAGUUCCAACCCCUACCCCAACUUCCUUCUUAAAACAGUCUCAGGGUUAAGCCUUUAGUGCUCUAAUCCAGAGGAAAAUGACUUAUUUUAAAAAGCAGUAAAAACACCGCAUUCCUUUGGCACAGGAUGAAGACCAGCUCAGCUCUUCGGCUGUUGAUCAUCGUCUAUUGUUCUCCAAACAGUAAACCAUUAUUUCACAUCAAGAGACUGUGGGCUGCAGUCCUGUCUGAGUCCUGGGCGCUUCAUAAAUAUGAAGUGAAGGGCUCUGACCCAGAAAGUGGUUCUGAGCAGGGGAAAAUGGGGUCUCGGAAAUGUGGAAGCUGCCUCAGUGGUCUGCUGAUUCCGCUUGCACUUUGGAGUAUAAUUGUGAAUAUAUUAUUGUAUUUCCCAAAUGGGCAAACUUCCUACGCAUCCAGCAAUAAACUCACCAACUACGUCUGGUAUUUUGAAGGAAUCUGUUUCUCAGGUAUCAUGAUGCUUAUAGUAGCAGCAGUUCUUCUUGUCCUGGAGAGUGAUAACAACUGUAAGUGCUGCCAGAGUGAAAACUGCAGCAAAAAAUACAUGACACUGCUGUCGAUUAUCUUUUCUGCCCUUGGAAUUGCUUUCUCUGGAUACUGCCUGGCCAUAUCUGCUCUGGGCCUUGUUCAGGGCCCAUACUGCCACACUCCCAAUGGCUGGGAGUAUGCUUUUGAAGACACUGCAGGACGGUUCCUCACAGAUUCCAGCAUAUGGACUCAGUGUCUGGAACCUGCACAUGUAGUGGAGUGGAACAUCAUUUUAUUUUCCAUUCUCAUAGCUCUCAGUGGGCUUCAAGUAAUCGUUUGCCUCGCCAGAGUAGUCAUUCAGUUAUCCAAGAUACUGUGUGGAACCUAUUCAGUCAUCAUCCAGCCUGGAAUUAUUUGAAGAAGGACAAGAAUGUUUCCAAUCAUCAAGAUAUGGUCAACUGUCUCAUAGCCACUGUGUAGACUGGAGGGCAAUAUUCAAAUGAUGGUAUUUUCACCAUUUGGUGUUUACUUUGCCCAUUUGUGAAAUCUGCUGGUAAUUACAAUCAUGCCACCUUUCCAUUUAGAACUUUUUUCUAAAUGACAUGUGUCAGAAACUCAGAAAUGUUUACACUCUUUGAUCAAACACAUCCAUUUCCAAUCUAUACUAUGGGAAUAAAUAAGAUACAAAUGCAACUUUA